AUGGAGCCGGUGACGUGGGAGGACCAACUAGGUGGCGGCGAGGUGGAAACGGUUGGGGGGAUACGCAGCAGUGAAGGAGACACCUCCAGGAGUCGAAGUAAUAGAAGAGAAGCAGCCGAGGGGCAGGGGAACCCCCUCUGGAAUAUCGCCUCCAUGAACAGCGAAAAUAAAAAGUACCUGCUAAAGAGCUACGUGGAGAAGAUCAAGCGGAUCAUCCAGCACAGCGUGAGGCCAAAGUACUAUGACAUCCUCAGCGUCAGUAGCAAUGCGGAUGGAAAAACCAUAAGAAGGAGUUACCUCCAAUUGUCCAAGCUGUUCAGUGUCCACAAGAAGUUGUCCCUGGAACACGAAGAAUGUUAUUACCACAUUCAGAAGGCCUAUAAAAUAUUGACCGACAAAUUUGAAAAAUUUUACUACGAUGUGCUAAAUGGGUACAUUGAUGAAUCCACCAUCGAGGCAUGUAGGAGACAGUUGCAGGUGGAAGCAGACGUCAUAUAUAGAAAUAAAAUGAACGAAGUAGAAAGUAUAUAUUGGGAGAAACUCAAGGAAGAGAAAGAAAAAAACGGACUAAUCAUAGAGAAGGCUUUAUUUGGAAAUUUAACUUUAAAGGAGGAGCAUAUAAACAACUGUCUAAAUAUGGAUGUCAUAACGGAGAAUGAUUUAGAAGGUCCCUUUCUCGACCUUACAGUCAUUUUGCAAUCUCGAAUUGAAAACAGCUCUUUUUUAUUCAAUGAUGAAUUCUCCUUUGCCCAUUUCUGUGAUGUGCCCAAGCCCUUGAUUAAGAUUCCCUGUAGGGAUGGCGUAUCCUACGCCGACAUCUUGCAGAGCACAGAAAUGUACUUAUAUAUAAAGUAUAAAUUUUUAAAUACCCAUCAUGAGCUGAUUGUUGUGGACAGAUCCAGAUUCACUCUACCACAGAGUACCCAUCGAGCUUUCGGAAAUCGAAUUUGUGGCCCCUUCUCUCCAGUCAAUGUGAUUAAAAUGCAGCACUUGUCCAAUUCGCUCGUGGAUAGCAUUUUCCACUUUUUCUCCAAGAAUAAAUGUUACAUCACUCUGUUCACCACUAUUCUUCUCUGCGCGCAGUCGGUGAAGUCGGCGUAG